AUGGUAGACGUGGCUGCCGUCGGUGCGAGCAUAUCACUGUGGUACCUCACUUCGUUCGGCACCUUGCUGCUGAACAAGUACCUCAUGGGCUACCUACACGUCCAGCCCAACACCUUAGCUGCAGUGCAAAUGGUGUCGACUGCCAUCUAUGGUGCUCUGAAAACUUUGAAGCUUGGAGACGUGUUACGGCUGGCACGGGAGGCUAGAAGCCUCGUGUCGCAGAAGAAUGGGGCACGGAAGGCGGUCGCUGACCCGGAGUCGCCGGACACCUCGGACCAUCUCGAUGGCCUUGGUAACAAGGGCAGGCGGUGGCGCAGGAGCCUAAUCCAGAUGAGCUUCGUGGGUUUGAUGCGAUUUUCCACGGUGGUGCUCGGCUUGGUGAGUCUCAAAUACGUCGCAGCUUCGUUUACUGAGACCAUCAAGGCAUCCGCCCCCUUCUUUACAGUGAUCGUUGCCUACCUCAUGCUAGGUGAAAGAACUGGCGUGCCAGUUUUGGCAUCUCUUGUGCCGGUUGCAGGAGGACUAGUGUUGGUAUCCUCCACCGAGCUGUCUUACAACAUAGUCGGGUUUGGAGCCGCCGUGCUGACCAACAUCAUUGAAUGUGUGCAGAAUGUCUUCAGCAAGAGGCUGCUGGCCAACGAGUACACGGCUUCCCAGUUACAGUUCUACACGUCACUGACGGCUUUAGUGAUGCAGGCACCGAUCUUUCUGAUUACCCACGAGCCUGCGGCGUCUCAUUCGCACCACGUGGAACACGACAUUUCGCACAUCGGUCUGGGGAACAAGACGCUGGCUCUCACUGUAUCAAGAGACGAAAUCAUUCAAGAGAGUUGGACGGACUCCCUUCCGGACAGAAAUCUGCUGCUCCUCCUGUGGAUAGACGGAGUACUGUACCACGUGCAGUCCGUCAUCGCUUACGUGGUGAUGUCAUACUUGUCUCCAGUGACCGUGUCGGUGGUGAACACGUUGAAGCGCGCCUUGAUCAUCUGCAUCAGCGUGCAGGAUGUCCAGCAGUUUCUGUGCUAUUCCGUGCUCUGCUUGAUUUCAGGCAGCACGGAGCGAAGUCGUGAAUACCGUGCUGUGCUUAGGUUCACUCGGGCGGGGGACGUCGUGAUUGAGGAAGGAGGCUUCAGCAGUUGCGAGGCGUCGCUGCAGUUUGAUUCUUCUACGAGCGAUUGCAACAUCCAUGAGCAUGUGCCGUUCUCUGGGGCGUUAUUCCAGCAGAUGGCCGGCAAGGUGAACUCAACUGAAGCCUGUGCAGCACUUUGCGCAGGUGCGGCGCUUCAAGGAUGUGAAGCCUUCAUCUUUUGCAAGCCCGAUCAGACUUCACAUGAGGUUGGUCUUUCAGUUGACUUUUGCAUGCUGCUGCACACAGUCCAAGAGGUGCAAGAUGAUCGAAGCCCUUUUCCUGGCAGAUGCAGCUCCGGGCGUGCUUGUGCCUCUGAUUGUCGAGAUUUAGAUUCUCAACUGUCCCUGGUCUUCCCUGAUGCGGAUGCUUCGUUGGUCUCGAGCUGCUCUGCACUGGUUGACCGGCAGCCUGGCAACUGUUGGUCAUCGUGGAAUGAUGGGAAGCGAGAGGAAACGACAGAUCCUGACGUUCGCAUGGUGCAGGCGCUUUGCCCAGAAAGCUGUCGCUCCUGCUCGAACGCUUCGCUCCAAGGCACAUCCAGAAGUGGAAGCCGCGGGCAUGCCACCGUUGCCGCAGCUGAACUUGCUCGGAUGACUGCCUCAGUGCCUGCUACAGCUCGGUGUUCGAUCGAAAGGCAGAUGGCUUAUCAGGACGAGAGCAGGUAUUUCUUCAGGUGGCGAGCCGUGCUUAGCGCAGAGACUUGUGCCUCUUUGUGCGCCAGCAGCCCGGAAUGUCUUGCUUUCACCUUUUAUGUGGCAGAUCAGAGUGAGUUUUCGAAGUUCGACUGCGUGCUGCACAACUCUACAUCUGCCAGCACACAUGGUCGUCGGGCAGUGUCGCUGCUGACUCAGACCAGUGGUUUGUCCUACAUAACGAACUGCGAGGAGUAUCUGGUGUCGUUGUUUUUCGCACAGAAUGCCAGUUCUUGCCAGAGCCUCCCGGAUCCAGGGCUUACCGAAGGUCUUUGCGCUCUUAGCUGUUUUGCUCGUGUGCCCAUCAUGGGCAGCGGUGAUGCCUACCCCACCUUGCCACCAAGCACGACAACGGAAACACCGCUGCGCUCGUCGUCGCAAGUGCAAGGGCUGAUCCAGGGUUCUCCUACAACUACUCAAAGCUCCAGUACCCCAAUGGCUGCCACUCCACGGCCCGGAGUCGUGCAGACUGCUGUUGGCUCAACAACUUUGUCAAUUCCACAUUUCCGCGCGCUGUUCUGCCUGCUGAUCAGCAGAGCCUUCGCUCACUCGUAA